AUGAAAAUCUUACUCAACCUCAAAACACUCAGGCCUGUCUGGAGCUGCCAAGCACUUUGCAGGGCAUUCCAGAAUGGCAACAAGGGGUUCGCUUCACUCAGCCUUUCAUACUACGAAUCUAUUAACCGGGGUGACAAGGAGGUCCCAGAGUACUUUAAUUUUGCAAGCGAUGUGCUGGAUCAAUGGUCCAAAGCAGAAAAGGAUGGAAGCAGGGCAUCCAAUCCAGCCCUCUGGUGGAUAGAUGGCAAAGGAAAUGAAGUGAGAUGGAGCUUUGAGGAGCUGGGAGUCCUGUCACGGAAAGCGGCCAAUGUGCUCUCUGGCCCAUGCGGUCUGCAAAGAGGAGACCGGGUGGUUCUCAUUCUGCCUCGAGUCCCAGAAUGGUGGCUGCUGAAUGUGGCAUGCAUUCGGUCAGGGAUUGUGUUCAUGCCAGGGACACCUCAGCUGACGGCCAAAGAUAUCCAGUACAGACUCCAGGUUUCGAAGGCCAAGUGCAUCAUUACCCAUGACACCUUGACCCCUGCAGUGGACUCCAUUUCAUCUUCCUGCCCCUUUCUGAAGACAAAGUUGCUGCUCUCCAAAGGCAGGAGGGGGGGCUGGCUGAACUUCAAGGAGCUCCUUGAUGUGGCCCCUUCUGAUCACAGCUGCGUGAAAACCAAGAGCGAUGAACCAAUGUCGAUCUACUUCACAAGUGGAACUACUGGGUCUCCAAAAAUGGCAGAGCAUUCGCAAAGCAGUUUAGCUCUUGGUUUGGCAUUAUCUGGAAGGUAUUGGCUGGACAUAAGGCCUUCAGACAUCAUCUGGAACAUGUCUGAUACAGGCUGGGUGAAGGCAGGCCUGGGGAGUGUUUUUGCCCCAUGGCUUCGAGGCGUCACCGUCUUUGUACACAGCAUGCCCCAGUUUGAGCCGAGAGAAUUCCUAAAUACUCUCUCCCAGUAUCCAAUAACGACAGUGUGCAGCGCCCCGACAGCCUAUCGCAUGUUGGUGCAGCAUGAUCUUACCAGCUACAGGUUCAAGAGCCUGAGGCACUGUUUGACAGGAGGGGAGCCGCUCAACCCGGAGGUGAUGGUGCAAUGGAAAAGGCAGACGGGUCUGGAUAUCUAUGAAGGCUAUGGACAGACUGAAGUGGGUAUUAUAUCGCAAAAUGAGAAAGGGAAGAAAAUUAAACCUGGGUCCAUGGGCACACCAGCUCCACCUUAUGAUGUUCAGAUUAUAGAUGAAAACGGCAAUAUUUUGCCUCGUGGGGAAGAAGGAGACAUUGCCAUUAGAAUAAAAUCCAAGAGGCCAUUUUGUUUCUUUUCCCACUAUGUGGAUAAUCCGGAGAAAACUGCUUCAGUCUUCCGUGGGAAUUUCUACAUUACUGGAGACAGAGGGCUAAUGGAUGAAGAUGGAUAUUUGUGGUUUGUUGGGCGAUCCGAUGAUGUUAUCAUCUCUUCUGGGUAUCGUAUUGGGCCUUUUGAGGUGGAAAGUGCUCUGAUUGAGCACCCAGCAGUGGUCGAAUCGGCUGUGGUGAGCAGUCCAGAUCCUGUCAGAGGGGAGGUGGUGAAAGCUUUUGUGGUCUUAUCUCCUUCCUUUGCAUCACACAACCCUGAGAAGUUAACCCUUGAGCUGCAAGAACAUGUCAAAAAGGUGACUGCUCCAUACAAAUAUCCUAGAAAGAUGGAAUUUGUCCAAGAGCUGCCAAAAACCAUCACAGGCAAAAUUCGAAGAAAUGUACUGAGGAAAAAGGAGUGGGGACCCAUGUAG